AUGGCUCAGCCCACCCGGUCCUUCACAACAAACCCAAAUGCAAGCACAUUCACAAACACGAGCCGCUCAAGUCUGAGCCAAAACCAAAACCCCUCCUCGGCACUACACGCCCGCAUCGCUCAGAAACGCCAAGAACUCCACAACCUGACGCAGCUGCGCGACUUGUCCGCCGAACUGACCACCCAGCUGGAGACCCUCCAGGCGAAACUGGGCCAAUUGAAAGACGGGGCCCAGAGCGUGGGCCUCGUCCUCGCGAACUGGGAGAACGUUCUGGGCGUGAUUCGGAUGGUGGGGAUGAGGGUGCCGGUGCCGAUGCCAGGAUCAAAGGCUGAGGGUGACGGGGAGGGAGAGGAGAACGGGGAGAGACCGAAGGACUCCCAGCAACCGCAACAUUUGCAGCUAGAGUUGCCGGUCCCGCUUGUGAGGAUACCAGUGCAGCCGAAGACGGGCGCAGGAGGAUGA